AUGAUUGUCUCGAUUGGUGUGAUUGUGGAUAAUACGCGAGAAGGACACCUUUUGGCAAUGAGAGAAUCAAUGGAAGCUGACUUGAGAAUAAGCCCUGCGAGCAAAGAAACAGCUGAAGCUUUAGAGAAAGUCAAGGUUGAAGAUUGUGAAGCUGGAGCUAGCCACUCCUUCACCAUUUUCUUGGUGACUUUUCUAGGAUUUUUUCUCUCGGCAUCUCAAUCUUACACCUUCUAUGUUGGUGGCAGAGAUGGUUGGGUCUUAAAACCCAAAGAAGAUUACAAUCAAUGGGCUGGAAGAAACCGAUUUCAGAUCAAUGACACCCUCAUUUUUAGAUACAAGAAAGGCUAUGAUGAUGUUCUCGAAGUAGAUAAAGAUGAUUACUACAACUGCAACAAGGAAAACCCCUUUUUAGCUCUCAAAGAUGGGGAAUCAGUGUUCAAGUUUAACAGGUCAGGUCCAUUCUUUUUCAUCAGUGGUCAUGCAGAUAAUUGCCAGAAGGGUCAGAGGCUUAUCAUUGUUGUGUUGCAUCCAAGAGGCAAUCCUACCGAUGCUCCAUCACCAGUUGCGGCCAAUCCUCCCUCUCCUUCUCCUUCUCCGUCUCCUGCUCCGAUUUUCGCCCCGACUCCUUCACCAAUUAAGCCUAACACUCCUCCUCCUGCAGCUGCGAGUCCUCCUUCGCCAGUGAUCGUUCAGCCCUUUGCUCCUGCACCGUCUCCAUCUGCUGCAUCAAUUGCUUUUGGUGGCUUAAUUGGUUCUUUGUUGGGAAUAAGCUUCUUCUUGGUCAUAUUUGCUUUUGGUUACUGA